UAAAAGAGUUGUUUGUUGUUGUAUACUUGAUUCUUAUAACUUUUUAUUAAUAUAUUUUAAUCCAUGAAGGAAUAAAUAAUUAUUCUGUAUAUGUAAUAUACUUGAUUUGUGAAGUGACAUUAAACACACAAUGUCCGGAAGACGUGGAAGAAUUUAAUUAAAUAGUUUAUAAUUCAAAAUUUUGUUAAGGUUUGAUAAUAAAUACCUACUUAUCAAAAUAUUUACGUGACCCUCUUUGUCUCGUCUCAGAAUCGUUUAAAAGUAACAAAAUGUUCAGGCCUGGAUCUGGAGAUGACGAUACAGAACCAUCCCCUAAAAGUAGCAAAAAUGUAAUGAAUGACGAGGAAACUAGAGAUGAUUCCUGCCAAAUGACGAUAGACAAUUCGGAUAACAUCCUGAAAGUACUAAGAAAGCUUUAUAUAAACAAAGAAAUGUGUGAUGUUUUCCUCAAAGUAGGAAACAAGGAAUAUGGGACCCACAGACUGAUUCUGUGUGCAUCCAGUGAUGUCUUCCAGGUUAUGCUCAUGAAACCCGAAUGGAGUGAAUGGCAUGAAAGCCGAGUAGAACUGCAGGAAAUGCCUAUAUGCGAAGCUGUAUUUCACAUAUUUUUGGAAUAUUUCUAUACUGGGAAAAUAUUAAUUACGCAUACCAAUGUAAUGCCCAUAUUGGCUUUGGCUGAUAAAUAUAUGGUUAAG